GCUCUCCCGCGCGCUCACAGGUACCGCCUCACUCCCACGCGCCCCCCAGCGCUGCCGCGCUAGACAGCUGAGAGAACAGACACAGACCUGUCGGAAGGUCCUCUGCAGGUCCCCCUUCCGCUCUGCCGAUCGACUUCCGCCUCGGGCAGUCAACAUGUACGUUGCGGCUGUCUGGCGAAGCUGCUUCUGAGCGUUUGCGGAGGCGCAGCUUCCCCUCUGCGGGGCCGCCCUGCUUCCCCCAUCCCCGCCUCCCCCCGCCCCUCACUCCCGUCCCUGGGGUCGGCGGACUUCUCGCUACAUGGGGGCGGGCUUCCGCGGUCGGCGCACGGCUUCCUGUUCUGAGGCGGCCCGGCGGUAGGCGGUGGCGACUCUGCCCGCUCCCGUUUCGGCGCGGUGACCGAGCGCCCGGGAGGCUCGAGGACCGCAUCGUGUGCCGUUGCGCCAAGCCCGGUCCUGCGCCGCCAUGGCCCCAGUGCAGCUGGAGAACCACCAGCUGGUCCCGCCCGGAGGCGGCGGCGGGGGCAGCGGCGGACCCCCGUCAGCCCCAGCCCCUCCUCCCCCGGGAGCCGCCGUGGCGGCGGCCGCUGCAGCUGCGGCUAGCCCGGGCUACCGGCUGAGCACCCUCAUUGAAUUUCUGCUGCACCGGGCCUACUCGGAGCUUAUGGUGUUGACGGACCUACUGCCAAGGAAAUCUGAUGUGGAAAGGAAAAUAGAAAUAGUGCAGUUUGCUAGCCGGACACGCCAACUCUUCGUUCGAUUAUUAGCUUUAGUGAAAUGGGCUAAUAAUGCUGGCAAAGUGGAAAAAUGUGCGAUGAUUUCAAGCUUUUUAGAUCAGCAAGCCAUCCUGUUUGUGGACACUGCUGAUCGCCUGGCCUCGUUAGCUAGAGAUGCUCUGGUCCAUGCACGCCUGCCUAGUUUUGCCAUCCCAUAUGCCAUUGAUGUACUGACUACCGGAUCUUACCCACGGCUGCCAACCUGCAUUAGGGAUAAAAUUAUUCCUCCAGACCCAAUUACCAAAAUUGAAAAACAAGCCACACUCCAUCAGCUGAAUCAGAUUCUUAGACAUCGGCUUGUAACCACAGAUCUUCCUCCUCAGUUAGCAAAUCUUACAGUUGCAAAUGGCCGGGUGAAGUUUCGUGUUGAAGGAGAAUUUGAAGCCACCUUGACUGUGAUGGGAGAUGACCCUGAUGUUCCAUGGCGUCUUCUCAAGCUAGAAAUUCUAGUUGAGGAUAAGGAAACAGGAGAUGGGCGAGCUUUGGUUCAUAGCAUGCAAAUCAGCUUCAUCCAUCAGCUGGUGCAGUCUAGGCUCUUUGCUGAUGAGAAACCUCUUCAGGAUAUGUACAACUGCCUACAUUCUUUCUGUUUAUCACUUCAGUUAGAAGUGUUACAUUCCCAAACUCUAAUGUUAAUCCGAGAACGGUGGGGAGACCUUGUGCAGGUGGAAAGGUACCAUGCUGGAAAGUGCCUCUCCCUCUCAGUUUGGAAUCAACAGGUUCUUGGGAGAAAAACUGGAACAGCAUCUGUUCACAAAGUUACAAUUAAAAUUGAUGAGAAUGAUGUCUCCAAGCCUUUACAGAUUUUUCAUGAUCCUCCUUUGCCAGCUUCUGAUUCCAAAUUAGUAGAAAGAGCCAUGAAGAUCGACCACUUAUCAAUAGAAAAACUCCUGAUUGACAGUGUCCAUGCAAGAGCUCAUCAGAAGCUCCAAGAACUGAAGGCCAUUCUUAGAGGCUUCAAUGCCAAUGAAAACUCUUCCAUAGAGACUGCACUCCCAGCUCUCGUUGUUCCCAUCUUGGAGCCCUGUGGUAAUUCAGAGUGUCUGCACAUUUUUGUAGAUUUGCAUUCUGGAAUGUUUCAAUUGAUGCUUUAUGGACUUGACCAGGCCACUCUGGAUGACAUGGAGAAGUCUGUGAAUGAUGAUAUGAAACGAAUCAUACCCUGGAUUCAGCAACUUAAGUUUUGGCUUGGACAACAGCGUUGCAAGCAGUCUAUAAAACAUCUGCCUACGAUAAGCAGUGAAACAUUGCAGCUUUCCAAUUACUCAACUCAUCCUAUUGGAAACCUUUCUAAGAAUAAACUGUUCAUUAAACUUACCCGCCUUCCACAAUACUACAUUGUUGUGGAGAUGUUGGAGGUUCCCAAUAAACCCACACAACUGUCGUACAAGUACUACUUUAUGUCUGUGAAUGCUGCAGAUCGUGAAGACAGCCCUGCAAUGGCAUUGCUGCUGCAGCAGUUCAAGGAAAACAUCCAGGACUUGGUUUUUCGUACAAAAACCGGGAAACAGACCAGAACCAAUGCCAAGCGCAAGUUGUCUGAUGAUCCAUGUCCAGUAGAAUCCAAGAAAACAAAACGAGCAGGAGAAAUGUGUGCCUUCAAUAAAGUUUUAGCUCACUUCGUCGCUAUGUGUGAUACAAAUAUGCCAUUUGUAGGACUUCGGCUGGAGUUGUCCAAUCUGGAGAUUCCACAUCAAGGAGUGCAAGUGGAAGGUGAUGGCUUCAGCCAUGCAAUUCGCUUAUUAAAAAUUCCUCCCUGUAAGGGUAUAAGUGAGGAAACCCAAAAGGCUCUGGACCGCUCUCUUCUUGAUUGCACUUUCCGAUUACAAGGUAGAAAUAACCGCACUUGGGUAGCAGAGUUAGUGUUUGCAAAUUGUCCACUUAAUGGCACUUCUACCAGGGAGCAAGGACCAUCCCGGCACGUUUACCUGACAUAUGAAAAUCUGUUGUCUGAGCCUGUUGGUGGUAGAAAAGUGGUUGAAAUGUUUCUUAAUGACUGGAAUAGCAUUGCACGAUUAUAUGAGUGUGUGUUGGAAUUUGCACGUUCUCUACCAGACAUACCUGCUCAUCUAAAUAUUUUCUCAGAAGUUCGUGUUUAUAAUUACCGAAAACUUAUCUUGUGUUAUGGAACCACCAAGGGAAGCUCAAUUAGUAUCCAAUGGAAUUCAAUCCAUCAAAAAUUCCACAUUUCUUUGGGAACUGUUGGCCCAAACUCAGGUUGUAGUAACUGUCACAAUACCAUUCUCCAUCAGCUUCAAGAAAUGUUCAACAAAACACCAAAUGUGGUUCAGUUAUUACAGGUACUGUUUGAUACUCAGGCUCCAUUAAAUGCCAUCAACAAACUCCCCACUGUGCCGAUGUUGGGCUUGACCCAGAGAACCAACACUGCCUACCAGUGCUUCUCCAUUCUGCCACAGUCGUCCACCCACAUCAGACUGGCCUUCAGGAACAUGUAUUGCAUUGAUAUAUACUGCCGGAGUCGAGGUGUUGUGGCAAUACGGGAUGGUGCCUAUAGUCUUUUUGAUAACAGCAAACUAGUUGAAGGUUUCUAUCCUGCACCAGGACUAAAGACGUUCCUGAAUAUGUUUGUUGACAGCAAUCAGGAUGCUAGAAGAAGGUCUGUAAAUGAGGACGAUAAUCCCCCUUCUCCUAUAGGAGGAGAUAUGAUGGAUUCUUUAAUAUCGCAGCUCCAGCCACCACCCCAGCAACAGCCGUUUCCAAAGCAGCCAGGAACAUCAGGUGCUUAUCCUCUUACUUCACCCCCUACAUCUUAUCAUAGCACAGUCAAUCAAUCUCCCUCUAUGAUGCACACACAGUCUCCAGGAAAAAAACAGGUUUCAAUACUAUCUGAGGUUUCAGGCAUCCACUGGGGGUCUUGGAACAUAUCCCCUGUGGAUAAGGCGGGGACUGCUAUAGUAGAGAAUUUGAAACAUGCUGAUAUUAAAGUCUGUCCCACAGCAGCUAGAGUGAUCCUUCAGGGACAGAAGUUCGUCCAUGAUUUCCGCUCCAAACUCUGCAUUGGAUUCCCACUCAUUCAGGGAAAUCUGCAUGCUGCCAGCUCCCCCAGUGGGGCUUUGAGAGCCCCAUCACCAGCGUCAUUUGUUCCAACUCCUCCCCCAUCCUCGCAUGGAAUCUCAAUAGGACCAGGGGCCAGUUUUGCUAGUCCACAUGGAACUCUUGACCCUAGUUCCCCGUACACUAUGGUGUCACCAAGUGGACGAGCAGGGAACUGGCCAGGAUCUCCUCAAGUGUCCGGCCCCUCACCAGCAGCACGCAUGCCUGGAAUGUCACCAGCCAACCCCUCACUACAUUCUCCAGUUCCAGAUGCUUCUCAUUCCCCUCGAGCUGGAACAAGUUCUCAGACAAUGCCAACAAACAUGCCUCCACCUCGUAAACUACCUCAGCGCUCUUGGGCGGCAUCCAUACCUACCAUCCUCACUCACAGUGCCUUGAACAUUUUACUGCUGCCCUCUCCAACUCCGGGCCUUGUGCCCGGCCUGGCAGGUAGUUACCUUUGUUCUCCACUUGAGAGAUUCCUUGGAUCAGUCAUCAUGAGACGACAUCUUCAAAGAAUUAUUCAACAAGAAACGCUGCAGCUGAUAAAUUCUAAUGAACCCGGAGUGAUCAUGUUUAAGACUGAUGCACUGAAAUGCAGAGUAGCCCUUAGUCCCAAAACCAACCAAACGCUUCAGCUAAAAGUGACACCUGAAAAUGCAGGACAGUGGAAACCUGAUGAACUUCAAGUUUUGGAGAAAUUCUUUGAAACAAGAGUUGCAGGACCACCAUUUAAAGCUAAUACGUUAAUAGCCUUCACCAAGCUAUUAGGAGCUCCUACACACAUCCUCAGGGAUUGUGUGCACAUUAUGAAGCUGGAGCUGUUCCCUGACCAGGCAACACAGCUAAAAUGGAAUGUUCAGUUUUGCCUGACGAUCCCUCCCAGCGCGCCGCCGAUUGCACCUCCUGGUACGCCUGCUGUGGUGCUGAAAUCCAAAAUGCUGUUUUUUCUUCAACUAACUCAGAAAACAUCGGUCCCUCCCCAAGAACCUGUUAGUAUUAUAGUUCCAAUCAUUUAUGACAUGGCUUCAGGUACAACCCAGCAGGCAGACAUUCCCAGACAGCAGAACUCUUCUGUUGCUGCUCCCAUGAUGGUCAGCAACAUUCUGAAGAGGUUUGCAGAGAUGAAUCCACCACGACAAGGUGAAUGCACAAUAUUUGCAGCUGUUCGUGAUUUAAUGGCUAAUCUUACACUGCCCCCUGGUGGGCGUCCAUAGACACUAUUGUUUUUAAACCAGGAAGGCUGACAGAUGAGACAACAAAACAAAUCUGAAUUCAGCCUUCAGUUUAAAAAAGGAAAAGGACUUUUUUUUUAAACUUUAAGAGCUAAAUAUUCUAAACUGGCAAAAAUUUUCAGGGUGCACUUCUUUCAUCAAAAUGAUCAUCCAUCUUUUGUAUAAUGAACUUGUAUAGUGUGUUUAAAUGGGACACAUUUCAAAGGAAAUAAAUCAGUGUCCGUUUGCCAGUAAUAAAUUUAAUAUUCUGUUUUAUACUAUAAAGUUAUGAAAAUGCCAAACUUGUUUAUUUAAUUGUUUUCUUAUGUUUUGGGUGUAAUAGUCCUUUUUUGGUUUUUGUUUUGUUUUUUAAGGCAGGUCUGUCAUUUUUGAAUACUGUAAAACUGUGAUAAACUUUAUAUUGAAGCUGUAUUUUAAUAUGACCGCUUUGAAUCCUUACAGGAAAUGUUCUGGGAGUUGUUAUAAACACACCCCAAGGAAGCAAUAUUUAAUAAAACUAGGUCAAAAACAAAACAAAACAGUGACACUCACUUGUGUGUAUAUAAACUCUAGAGACAUCUUAGGCCCUCCCUUCAUCUUUAACCUGGUGGAUGGAGCCAGUUAUUAAUUUAUAAUAAUAUGUGUCUGAAAUUUGACCAAAAACAUCUUCUUUAUGUCAAGGUUAAUAUAUUUUCUUCAGACAUUCCUAACUUGACUAGUGGUUAACAUUUAACACCUCAGUUGUCUUUCAAUAUAUAGGAUUUGGGUGAAAAAUAAGGAACUUAGUCUUUGAGAAGGGACAGUAUGUGGUUCAUAUUGAUCAAGGAUCCCAAAUAAUGCAAUCAUUCUCAUCUGUUGAGGAUGUGGGAACUUUUCUGUCAGGAAAAUUUAGUUUACAGAAUACUUCUGCAUACAACAUUAAUUAGGAAACAAAGAACUUUAAUGCUGUACCUCUGCAUGAAGUUUCUGUGAGCUUUCUUUAUCUUGCUUAACUUAUUCUCCUUGCCUUCCCCACCAAAACUGGGAUUGUUCUAAACAAUUUCAAUUUAAUUCAUUGUCAACAAAACGAUAGAAUGUUUUGCUUGGAAGAAACCUGGUCCAUUCCCCUCAUUUUGAAGAAUCCCGAAUCCUGGGCCUGUCCAGGGUCAAAUGGAGUUUUUGGUAUUAAUACAUCUCUGCAGGGUUUCUUUUUGGAGCACUGUGCUGUCUUUCCUAGUCAGUCAGGGACUUUUUUAAGCUUCAAAGAACAUGAUCUGAUGCAAAGGUCUUCUACCGACUUCAUGGUAUUUAGGAAAAAUUUUUAAAUGAUAAUACCAUGCCAAGUUAUCUGGACACUGUAAUACUGGUUCUCCAUUAAAAUGUAGAUGCUUUGUCUAAUUCCACUUCAGGAUGAUUCAAUUGAGCUUCUAUAACUAUCAGCUAUCAAAUUCUAGUUUCAAGUAUCUCACUGCACCUAUAUCAUAUCUGUUCUCAACUUUGCUUGAUUCUCCACUCAUUUUCAGACUUGAGGCCUUCUUUGCCUUUCUUCUUUGUCUUAUUUCUGCCUUCAUCUCCCACUUCUCACUCAACUCUGCCACUGUUCAGGAGUAGUUGACUAAACUUUUAUCUUUCCUUUAACUUAACCUUUUUAUCCUUCUGUUUUUAGUUCUUACAGUGGUAAUCACAUCAGUUUGGCAAUCUAAGAUGUCUUUAUCAAGGGUCAGCCCUUUUCUAUUUGGAGCUGAAUCUUUUCUUUCAUGUAGAAAUCUACAUGUAUAUACAGGAAAUGUAUUUUUAUCUGCAGGAUAAUAUUGUUUCAAAUAAUUUUAUUAAGAGUUAACUUUUUAGGUAUUUUCCCUUUUAAUGUGGUUUUGAAAUGUUAAUUGCAUUUUUACACAUGAUGCAUUCAGUGGACACUCUUUUUUCCUAAUUAUAACUCAUCUCUGAAUGCAUUGUGCCAAUCAAGAGUAAGAUAGGAUUCAGUGCACAAAAUUUGCUUUUGAUGCUUAUUAAGAGUAAACCCAUGAAUUUGAAUUUUUAUAUUAUGCUUGGUACUUGGAAUUGAUAUAUACCUUAUUAAAGCUUGAAAACAUUUAG